AUGUAUUUACCUAGCCGAUGGAUUGGCACAACUCUUUUGCCUCGCUUGCUGAUUUCAGGUAAAAGGAAAUCUCUUAUUCAGAGCAGAGAUACUUCGAGGAAAAUCAACAUGAGCUGUUUUGGCUGUUGUGAAGAAGAUGAUACCAGUAAACAUGCUGAUGGUGGAGGCCAGUAUAUGAUGAAAAAUUCAGUUGGAAAUGAAGGACAUUAUCAUAUGACAGAUGCAGCGCAGAAAGCUCAAGCUGUUAAUGUCCAGCCCGUUGCAGUUCCAUCAAUUCCCGGGGAUGAAUUGAAAGAAAUAACCGAUAACUUUGGCUCUGAUUCUUUAAUUGGGGAAGGCUCAUAUGGGCGAGUAUAUUAUGGAAUUCUUAAGAAUGGUCGGGCUGCUGCGAUAAAGAAGUUGGAUGCAAGCAAGCAACCAGAUGACGAAUUCUUAGCCCAGGUUUCUAUGGUGUCGAGGCUAAAACAUGAAAAUUUUGUUGAAUUACUUGGUUAUUGUGUUGAUGGAAAUCAGCGCAUUCUUGCAUAUGAAUUUGCAUCUAAUGGAUCUCUUCAUGAUAUACUUCAUGGAAGGAAAGGUGUUAAAGGGGCACAACCUGGUCCUGUUCUUUCAUGGGCGCAGCGUGUAAAGAUUGCAGUAGGUGCUGCUAAGGGACUUGAAUAUUUGCAUGAAAAAGCAGAUCCUCACAUCAUCCACCGUGAUGUUAAGUCCAGCAAUGUGUUAAUCUUUGAUGAUGAUGUUGCUAAAAUUGCAGACUUUGAUUUGUCAAAUCAAGCUCCUGAUAUGGCAGCACGUCUUCACUCAACUCGUGUUCUUGGGACAUUUGGUUACCAUGCUCCUGAAUAUGCUAUGACUGGGCAGCUGAACUCAAAGAGCGAUGUCUACAGCUUUGGUGUUGUCCUUCUAGAGCUUCUUACAGGACGUAAGCCUGUUGAUCAUACAUUACCUCGUGGGCAGCAAAGUCUAGUUACAUGGGCUACGCCAAAGCUGAGUGAAGACAAGGUCAAGCAAUGUGUUGAUGGAAGACUGGGAGGAGAAUACCCUCCUAAGUCGGUCGCUAAGAUGGCUGCUGUUGCUGCCUUGUGCGUCCAAUAUGAAGCUGAUUUCCGGCCAAACAUGAGCAUCGUAGUCAAAGCCCUCCAGCCACUUUUAAAUGCUCGGCCAGGACCUGCUGGUGAAGCUGGCCAGACAUGA